CACUAGUGUCAGUGUCAGCAGUUGGUGUCAGUCGUUUGACGCACAGUACAUGACAGUCCUGUCCUUUACUGUGGUUUGACGUUUGUCGUUUUAAUUUUUUAGUUGUUACGAGGUGAAGUUGAGUUUGGUUUGAGUGUCAGUUGUAUUUUGUAUCUCCUUACUUUUGCCGAUCAAGACCCAGAUUCCAAGUCUUCUUGGGUUUUAAUAUUUCUUCAAUAAAUAAAAAUCUAUUUAGAAGAUGGCAGUUUCAGUUAGAGGUUUCUCUCAUCGGAUUGGACAUUUAAGUAGCGUUUUAGCUACUGUUAAAUCAUCCCCUAGAACUUAUUUUACAUAUACGAACGAACCCUCGCAACCCAUUAAAGGAAAAGAGCCAAAAUGGUGUACUCCAGAGGAAGCUUUCCAAGAUUUACAAUCAGGUCAAACCGUAUUCUCUCAGGGAGCCGCAGCUACACCGAUCGACUGUCUAAAUGCAAUGACAAAAGUAGGAAAGAGCAAAAAUCUUAAAGAUAUUACAGUAUGCCAUAUGCACACAGAAGGUCCUGCGGCGUAUACGGAUCCUUCUUGUGAGGGAAUUUUUAGGUCAUGUUCAUUCUUCAUGGGCGGUAAUGUACGAAAAGCCGUUGCCGAUGGUAGGGGAGACGCCAUUCCGAUAUUUUUAUCAGAAAUUCCACUACUUUUUACUAGACAAAUAGUUAAACCAGAUAUUGCAGUUAUUCAGGUCUCUCCUCCUGAUCAACAUGGAUACUGCAGUCUGGGUACCAGUGUGGACUGUGUAAGAGCAGGAAUGAGCCAUUCCAAAAUUAUAGUUGCCCAGAUAAAUCCUAGAAUGCCAAGAACAUUUGGCGAUGGUAUAAUCCACAUCAGUCACAUCGACUACGCCGUAAAAGUAGACACUCCAUUACCUUGCCACGGUGGAAAACCGCCAUCUGACGUCGAAACACAGAUUGGUAAAAAUAUUGCCGAAAAUCUGGUGGAAGAUGGUGCUACACUUCAAAUGGGUAUUGGCAGCAUUCCCGACGCAGUAUUGGCUUGCCUGACUAACCACAAGGACCUCGGCAUCCAUUCCGAAAUGUUCGCUGGUGGAGUUAUAGACCUAGUCAAUAGAGGCUGUGUUACUAACAAUAAGAAAUCCAUUCAUAGGGGUAGAAUCGUAGGAUCAUUCUUAAUCGGAACUCAAGAUCUGUACGAUUUCGUAGAUAAUAAUCCGUUCAUCGAGAUGUUAGUUGUAGAUUAUGUAAAUAGUACAAGUAUUAUUGCAAGACAACCAAAGAUGACUGCCAUCAAUUCCUGUAUUGAAGUCGACUUGACGGGACAAAUCUGUUCUGACUCGAUCGGUACCCGAAUGUAUUCCGGUUUCGGAGGUCAAGUGGACUUCAUCCGAGGAGCUGCUGAAGGAUUGGACGGAAAAGGAAAACCAAUCAUUGCACUUCCAUCCACUACCAACAAGGGAGAGAGUAAAAUCGUUCCUCUGCUCAAGUCAGGUGCCGGUGUAGUAACAACCAAAGCCCACGCUCACUACGUCGUAACCGAACACGGCAUUGCGUUCCUCUUCGGCAAAACCCUUCGACAGAGGGCACACGCCUUGAUCAACAUCGCCCAUCCCAACCACAGAGAAGCCUUAGAGAAAGCCGCGUUCGAGCGCCUUAAAGUCAUGCCAGCCCCUUAAACAUAAGUUCCCAUAAAUUUUGUAUUCGCUUACAUGAUUUUAUUUGUUUGUACAAUGUACUGUAUACAUUAUAGGCGGUAGGGCCCAGGUCACGGACACUGUAAAGGAAUCAUCUCAAGACAACAACUUAAUAAUUACAUUCUAAGAUACAAUUGUAUAUUCUAGUAAAAGCAAAAAAACUAUCGUUGUACGUCAUCAGUGACGUCAUAAGAAAAUUAUACUAAUCCCUAAUAACACCAAACAUUCCAUGUAUGUUCCUAGAAUGUACACACAGGACAUUGAAAACAUUCCUGGAAUGUCCUCAAAAGCACAAGAACGUCCCCUAAAUGCUAAAUGUCCCAGGGAAGUCCUGUGACAGCAUUUUAAACAUUCCUUGAAUGUCUUGUUGGAAAAUUCCAUGAAUGUCUACGAAUGUUCUUUGGACAUUCGCAGUAUAUUUUUUGGACAUUCCCUGGAUAUAGUCGCUGAUGUGACAUAAUAUCUCCGAUUUGUUUUUUCACGAGUUUUGUAAGAGAGACAAAAUACUUUUUUUACAGUCACCUCCUGUCUUCAUAUGAUAUUUUUUGACAUAUUUUGUAGUAAAUUCAACUAUCUAUUUACUACAAAACGUGUCAAAAUUUACAUGUGAGAACAAGAGAUAACCCUAAAAAUGGUUUUUCGUCUCCUACAAAAUUCAUGAAAAAGCAGAUAGGAGGUAUUGUCACAUCACCGACGAUAUACCAGAAGGAUAUGUGGCCAUACCAAAUAAUACAUCCUUGAUAAAUAUAAACAUUUUUAUUGCAAAAAAUCUUGUCAUAUAUUUUUUUCCAUAAUCAUCACUACGAUGAUGAUUCAUUGUAUUGAAUUGUACAUUACAAUUACAAUCUGGUCAUAACUGACCAAUGAACAAUUUUAAUUUAACCUAAAUUACUACUGUUCUUAAAAUGAAGAGCUUACCCCAUAGCGUCUAUUAUCUAAUCUAACAAGAUCGUGCACUAUUUUAACAUACACAGGCACACAAGCACUAUGCUCUGCUUUUCACUAUCACCUAUCACUCAAACUAGUUCAAAAGGCUUUGUCCUCUUCAAUCUUCUAGUUUGCCCAGUAGUAUCGAGGAGCUGGAUUUCCUCAAUAUUCUCGUACUUAUGAAGUUGUUGCUCGUGACUUCCUGCCAUCUUCUUAAUGAUUAUAUCCAGGUUCCAUUUCUAGGUCCUUAUGGAGAUCACUGUUUGUCACAUACCAAAGAGCAUCUACAAUAUUUCUCAGUAUUUUGUUCUGGAAUCUUUGUAUAAUUUUUAUGUUACUUGGUCUAGUAAGUACACCCCCAUAGUGGGCAUCCAUAGUCCAUACAGGUCUUAAUAUUUGUUUAUAAAGUAAUAACUUAUUAUGCAUGGACAAUGUGGAGUUUCUUCCAACUAGCCAAUACACUUUUUACAUAUAUCUUUCUUUUGCCUUUCAUAGCCACAAGGCUAUACGUUUCCUUCCUGUUUUGUUUGCAGACCACUUUCAGCUGAUUCUAAAAAAAAUUAAAAUGAAUGGUAAUUUUUCUAUUCUUUACAAUUGAAAAUCAAAAGAAAUAGGAAAUAGGAAAUUUACAGGUAAUAAUAUGCAUAAAUAAUUCGUUUCAUAAAGAAUAAAGAAAAUUGAAAACGGAUUUUAUAAUACACUCGCGAUCAUAAAAAGCGGGUCACUCGAUGAGUUAUUCAAGUUAGAUGUCUCGAAUUUUCUAAAUCUGUUGUCCGAUUUGAGUGAUUUUUUAGUAUGUUAUAGCCUUAUUCUUUAGCAAUAUCGCUAUAAUAAUAUUGUUGCUAGACCGGUAAAUUGUCAUUGUAUACCGGGUGUAACAAUCAUACUGUGUUUAUUCCUAAAAGUUCGGAACACCCUGUGGAAUGUUUUAGUAUAGAUAAAAUAUUGAAAUUAAAACUAAAUUGUAGCCUUAGGCUCUCUUAACAUUUUAUUUUUUGAUUUAUUUGUUUAUGUUGGAUAAUAAAAAAAAGUUAAGCACGUUAAUAACUAGCCAUGUUCUUCAUCAAUACAGGGUGUUUCUAAAUAAGUGCGACAAACUUUAAGGGGUAAUUCUGUAUGAAAAAAUAAUGACAGUUUGCUUUAUAAACAUAUGUCCGCAAAUGCUUCGUUUCCGAGAUACGGGAUGUUAAAAUUUUCAUUACAAACUGAGGAUUUAUUUAUUGCUCUAAAACCAAUAGAGAUAUGCAAAUGAAAUUUGGUAAGUUUUAAGAGGCAGUUAUUGUGGAUUUUUUGACAUAUAAUAUGUCAAAUUGACAUAUUUGACAUACAAUACAAUAUGAUUAAUAAUUCUAUAUUCACCAUUGGCGUACAUACGGGUAUAAACAUUUUAGAUACAUCCCGUAUGCACGCCAAUGGUGAAUAUAAAAUUCUUAAUUGUAUGUCAAAAAAUGCGCCAUAACUACCUCUUAACAUCUACCAAAUUUCAUUUGCAUAUCUCAACCGGUUUUAGAGCAAUAAAUAAAUCGUCAGUUUGUAAGAAAAAAUUCAACAUCCCGUAUCUCGAAACCGAAGAAUUUACGGUCAUACGUUUAUAAAGCAAACGGUCAUUAUUUUUUCAUGCAGAAUUGCCCCUUAAAGUUUGUCGCACUUAUUUAGAAACACCCUGUAUUGAUGAAAAACAUGGUUAGUUGUUAAGGUGCCUAACUUUUUUAUUAUCCAACAUAAACAAAUAAAUCAAAAAAGAAAAUGUUAAGAAAGCCUAAGGCUACAAUCGAGUUUUAAUUUCAAUAUUUUAUCUAUGCUAAAACAUUCCACGGGGUGUUUCGAACUUUGAGGAAUAAACACAGUAUGAUUGUUACACCCGGUAUACAAUGAUAAUUUACCUGUCUAGCAACAAUAUUAUUAUGGCGAUAUUGUUAAAGAAUAAGGCUAUAACAUACUGAAAAAAUCACUCAAAUUGGACAGCAGGUUUAGAAAAUUCGAAGAAAUCUAACUUGAAUAACUCAUCGAGUGACCCGCUUUUUAUGAUCGCGAGUGUACUUACAUAAUUGUUUAAACAAAAGAGAUCCAGCCAGAGCAAGCAAAACUAACAUACAUAGAACAGCAAAAAGCCACUAAUUCUAAUUUCCAUUUUCCAUCCAAUCAUAAAUUUUUAGGUUAUUAUGGUUAUAAUGAAAUGUGAAAAUGUGAUGACCACGUGGCACGCGACCCUACUUACAUAGAACACGCGCGGCAAAUUUGAAAAUUAACUCAAAUUGAAUAAGUAAAUGGCCUCACUUAAAAUAUAGGACAUUGGUAGUAUGUUCAUAGAAUGUCUUGUGGUAACAUUCCACCAAUAAUUUAAUCAGAUGUUCACCGAAUGUUCCUUGAAUGUCCAGGACAUUCAAACAUUAAUAGAACUUUGAUAGUACAUUCCUGGAAUGUUUUGUGUUGUUAGGGACGUGAUUUCAAAAGUAUUUAUCGUCCAAAAUUUGUUACCCUAAUGCUGUAAUGUUUGUGUCGAUCAAAAAAAUCUUAGGUAUUUUCCAAAGCAUCCACCUUCAUAAUCAGUUAAUAUUGUACAACUAUACGCUGAAUACAACAAUCGAUGCUAAAUGUAUAAUUCUUAAACUAUGAACAUCUUAUUUGAGGUUAUUUCUUAACUACAAUAAUUGUAGUUUUACUUAUUUACAAAGUAUUUUCAAAAUCUUGACUAUUUUCCCCCGAUCUUUCAACGCAUAGCAAAUUUUGAACCUUAGAAUUGUUUUCUACUCAAAAUUUUCGGUAUUUUACUCUUGACUUUAGGAUGCAGGCAAUUUUCUAACCUCAAAAUUAUUUCCUGUUAAUCUGUUUUUUAUUAUUAUAAGGAAGAUGUGGCUAUAUCACAUUUGCCUUGAAUUCAUUCAUGUUCUAAUGAAUGAAAUAUAAGUAUGAAUUAAACAGAGUUCGUAUUUCGAUACAGCUCCAAUGACAAAUGACAUACGUCAAAUAGUGCAGCCAACUGAAAUAAUGAGGGCGCUCUAUGGUAUGACGUACAUCGCUAUUUGCUAUGCUUUUGCGAUAUAGAUUUGAAAACGCUUCGAUGUAUAAAUCACAUCUAAUGAUUGCAUCAAUAAUUCCAGUAUUUAUAAUUUCUUGAAAUGUUUCUUCUCAACCAAUGUGGCCUAUUGAUCUAGUUUUAAGGUUUUAAAAUUUGAAUAGGUGGCAUUUUUAUAUGUUUGUAAGACAAUAGUUGUAAAUCAAAGUCAAUACGAAUUACUCAAUUUAGAUUAUUACAAAUACAACGAGAGGUAUCAUUCAUAUUCAGAUGCAUUUUGAUUUUCCAUAGAGACCAAAUUUGUUUUUUGAAAUAGCAACUGAAUAAUGAGUCUCCAUUUUGGAGGUUCUAACUUCUUCAUUUGUACAUGUCUGCCAAAAUCUGAGAAAGUAUGAGAAGUAAGAGAAAAAUGAAUUUUUCUCAGCGACAAAACAGGUAGGGACAGAUAGUAACACACUAGACAUCGUCUUUCAGAAGGACGUUAAUGUAAAUGUCUUGGUCUAUAACCUGUUGUAUAUGUCUCUGAGUAAUUUGAGAUAUUAUAUACAACAGAGUGAAAACAAAUAUGCAUCGAAAAUGUUUCUGUUUGUUCGAAAAUGCAUCUGUUUGUUCGAAAUUGUUUUUCAAAAUGUAUUACAAUGUUGCAUGCAUUUGAAUAAAAUUUUAAAUCACUUUUUCCACUUGAAAACAAAUAAUAGUCCAAAACAGAUAAAUCUAUCUACGAAUCUCAAUCUAAGUAAGACUCAUGUUAAUUGUGCAAUACUAGUGAUGUUUUCUGUCACACAAAGAGAUUUUGUAUGAUCUUUACCAAAUGUAACAUAAUAUGGUGAACUCCCAACAUGAUUCAAGAUAGUUGAUCGGAAUGCUGCUUUAAAACCGAAGGUCAUAGCGAAUUGACAAAUCGUUUCGAUCGCAUAUUCAGUUUCAUCGUCAAAUUAAGGUGCUGUCAGAUGUCAUAUUGACGUCUCUGCACCGGUGUUGCCACAUCUACAAAAUGAUAAUUCAAAGUACGGUUGCGCAGAAAGUUUGUACUUCGAUAAUAGCAGCUUUCAUACAUCUAUGUUUUUAACGAAAUUGAAACCUAUUUAUGAUUGUUGUAUAGCAUUAAGUAUAAUUCAGUAACUUUACCAUAUAUAUUUUUGUCAAUAUAUAUGCCCACAUUCAGUAAUAAAAACAUUUUACCUCGAUAUUAAAUUAGAUAGAUCUAUGUUUAUUUUAUUCAUUAGAUGAAUUUGAUCAAUACUGUUUGAGAUUUAAUAGAUAUCAUUUUUUUAAUUUAAACUAACUAAUAAAUAAAGAGUUUCAUGUCAUUCGUUGAGCAAUAGUAGUCAACUUAGCUGCAUUAAACGUGACUGAUAUGGUAUGAUGUAACGGUAUUGGAACAAUUUAUGUAUUUAAUUUUUUAUUACAUUUUAAAGAUUUAAUUAAAAGUUAUUUAAAUCGAAGUCUGAGAAUACCAUCGAAGGUAAAAGUACCUUGUAAUCUUGGGUAGGAAAAGUGAUGGUUUACCACUGAUUAUACUGUUUAUUUCUAGGACUGCUUUUGUAAAUUUACAUAAAUAAAGAGGUUAUAGUUA